UGCUCCGCAAUGAUGCCGCGUCUCUUGUAGCAUUGUUAAAAGCGGAGAGAGAACGAGCGUGUGUUCUGUAGGACAUUGGAGUGCGCCGGCUGGUUAUCUGGUCAAACAUAACACCGGCAGGGUACAUGCCAACCGCGUACCCCCUCAACCGCAGCCUGCAUACAGUUAUUCCAAUUCGUCUAUAUAUUCACCUAUACAUAUCUAUUUACUGAAUCAAUUUGGUGUGUGUCUGACUGGGGACGGGGCUCAGCGAUGCCAGCGAUGAAACACGGCGGCGCGAGGCUCAAUCAGUGAAUUUGACUCUCCGUUUCAUUACUGUAACUAACAGACGGAUUAUUUUGCGGCGUCUUCUGUUAGACAGAAAUCCAGCCUUGGACUUGGGGGUGAAGGGUGAACACAAGGGACCAGCCAUCAUGGCCAAUGCUUCCACCGACCUGGACAACGCAGAGGCCCAGCGGCAGCUGAACAACAACAACCGGCCGGCCAGCGGCACCCGGCCGUGCUGGGACACGGACAGCACCAGCGCCAAGCUGUUUGAGUGCUCCCGGAUCAAGGCCCUCGCAGACGAGAGGGACGCGGUCCAAAAGAAGACCUUCACCAAGUGGGUCAACUCCCACCUGUCCCGCGUCUCCUGCCGCAUCGGGGACCUGUACAACGACCUGCGGGACGGCUACAUGCUCACCAGGCUGCUGGAGGUCCUGUCUGGAGAACUGCUGCCCAGACCCACGAGAGGCCGCAUGCGGAUCCACUGCCUGGAGAACGUGGACAAAGCCCUGCAGUUCCUCAAGGAGCAGAGGGUCCAUCUGGAGAACGUGGGCUCCCACGACAUCGUCGAUGGCAACCACCGCCUCACCCUGGGCCUCAUCUGGACCAUCAUCCUUCGCUUCCAGAUCCAGGUGAUCAGGAUUGAGACGGAAGACAACAGAGAGACACGCUCAGCCAAGGAUGCCCUCCUCCUCUGGUGUCAGAUGAAAACUGCAGGGUACCCAGAGGUCAACAUCCAGAACUUCACCACCUGCUGGAAAGAUGGCCUGGCCUUCAACGCCCUCAUACACAGACACAGGCCUGAUCUCAUCGAGUUCCACAAGCUUACCAAAUCCAACGCCACGCACAACCUCCAACAGGCCUUCAACAUCGCAGAGCAGAACCUGGGGCUCACCAAACUCCUGGACCCCGAAGAUGUGAACACGGAGAACCCGGAUGAGAAGUCCAUCAUUACCUAUGUUGUGUCCUUCUAUCAUUAUUUCUCCAAAAUGAAGGCCCUGGCAGUGGAAGGGAAGAGGAUAGGAAAGGUCUUGGACAACGCCAUCGAGGCGGAGAAGAUCAUCGAGCGCUACGAGGCCCUGGCCUCCGAGCUGCUGGAGUGGAUUGAGAAGACCAUCGGCAUCAUCAGCAACCAGAAGUUCGCCAACUCCCUGACUGGGGUGCAGCAGCAGCUCCAGGCUUUCACCACCUACUGCACCAUCGAGAAGCCCAUCAAGUUCCAGGAGAAGGGGAAUCUGGAGGUCCUCCUCUUCACGAUCCAAAGCAAACUCCGAGCCAACAACCAGAAGCCAUACAUGCCCCAGGAAGGGAAGCUCAUCUCCGACAUUAACAAGGCCUGGGAAAGGCUGGAGAAGGCGGAGCAUGAGAGAGGCGUGGCUCUAAGAACAGAGCUGAUUCGCCAGGAGAAGUUAGAGCUCCUUGCCCAACGCUUCGACCACAAGACGACCAUGAGGCAGGCCUGGCUGAACGAGAACCAGCGGCUCGUGUCUCAGGACAACUUUGGCUACGACCUGCCUGCGGUGGAGGCGGCCAUGAAGAAGCACGAGGCCAUCGAGGCGGACAUCUCCUCGUACGAGGACCGCGUGAACGUGGUGGUGGAGCUGGCUGGGGAGAUGGAGGCCGAGGGGUACUACGACAUCCGACGCAUCUCCGCUCGCAAGGAGAACAUCCUGGGCCAGUGGGGCCUGCUGAAGGAGCUGGUGGUGGCCCGCAAGGCCCGCCUGGAGAAGAACUUGUCCCUGCAGAAGACCUUCCAGGAGAUGGUCUACAUGAUCGACUGGAUGGAGGACAUGCAGGUUCAGCUCCUGUCCAAAGAUUUUGGGAAGCAUCUCCUGGAGGUGGACGACCUCCUCCAGAAGCACAGCCUGCAGGAGGCGGACAUCUCCGUCCAGGCGGAGAGGGUCCAGACUCUCAACACGGCUGCCCUCAAGUUCACUACCAUUGAAGGCUACCAGCCCUGUGACCCCCAGGUGAUCUGUAACCGGGUCAACCACGUCAGCACCUGCCUGGAGGAGCUGAAGCAGCUGGCGGGCAAGCGGCGGACGGAGCUGGAGGAGUCGCGGCAGCUCUGGGCCUUCUUCCAGGAGGUGGAGGAGGCCGAGGCCUGGAUCCGGGAGAAGACCUCCAUCCUGGCCACCCAGACCUUCGGCAAGGACCUGAGCAGCGUGCUGCGGCUCCUGCAGAAGCACAAGACCCUGGCGGGCGAGCUGCUGGCCCGCCGCUCCCUGCUGCAGCAGACCAUGAAGAAGGGCAAGCAGAUCCUCACCCAGAAGUGCUUCGGGACCAGCCACAUCCAGGAGCGCAUCAUGGAGGUGAAGGGCGAGUGGAAGCACCUGGAGGACCAGGCCGGCCAGCGCCUCAGCAACCUGCAGGAGGCGCUCAACUUCUUCCAGUUCAACGUGGAGACGGACGACCUGCUGGCCUGGCUGCAGGACACCUACCGGCUGGUGUCCAGCGAGGACUUUGGGCACGACGAGUACUCGACGCAGUCGCUGCUGAAGAAGCACAGGGGGGUGUGCGAGAGCAUCGAGAAGCACCGGGUGCACGUGGUGGCGCUGCGCAAGCACAUGGUGGGGCUGACGCUGCGCUACCGCGAGCUGGACGAGGUGCAGGCGCGCAUGGCCGAGGCCGAGCAGCUCUACACCGAGGUGGCCGAGGUCUCCGUCCUGCGGCAGCAGUGGCUGCACGACGCGCUGGCCGUCUACCGCAUGUUCAGCGAGGUCAACGCCUGCGAGGUGUGGAUCGACGAGAAGGAGCAGUGGCUGGAGAAGAUGGAGAUCCCUGAAGGGCUGGAGGACGCGGAGGUGGUGGCUCACAGGUUUGAGAGUCUGGACCAGGAGAUGAACAGCCUCAUGGGAAGGAUCCUGGACGUCAAUCAGAUCGUUCAGCAGCUGCUGGACGGGGGCCACCCCAGUUCCACGGAGGUGCGGAGCUGCCAGGACCACCUGAACGGCAGGUGGAACUGCAUAGUUCAGCUGGUGGAGCAGAAGAAGGAUCACCUGGACUCCAUCAUGAGAAUCCAGAACUACCUGCUGGAGUGCAAUGAGAUCAAGUCCCAGAUCCAGGAGAAGCGCAAGGCCAUCGACGCCACGCAGUACGCGGGCAGCGACCUGGGCGGGGUCCUGGCGCUCCAGCGCCGCCUCUCCACCAUGGAGGGGGCGCUGGGGGUGCUGGAGCCCAAACUGCUGCACCUCCAGCAGGAGGCGGAGGAGCUGGCCACGGCCCACCCGGGCCAGGCGGUGGAGGUGCUGGUGCAGUUCGAGGGGAUCAGUGUGGAGUGGGAGGAGCUCCGGCGGACGCUGCAGGGCUGCGAGGACUCGCUGACGGUGGCCGGGCGCCUCCAGCAGUUCAUCCAGGACCUGGACGCCUUCCUGACCUGGCUGGUGCAGACCCAGACGGCCGUGGCCUCCGAGGAGCUGCCCAACGCCCUGGAGGACGCCGAGCGCCUCAUCAACCGCCACGCGGCCCUGAAGGAGGAGAUCGGGCGCUACGAGGAGGACUACGAGCGGCUGCAGGCCAUCAACGAGCUGCUGGAGACGGAGGAGGCGCCGCUGCCCUACAUGGCCCUCCAGCAGUGGCUGCAGAAGCUGGACGUGGGCUGGAACAAGCUGCUGGAGAUGUGGGAGAGCCGCAGGGAGGUGCUGGUGCAGGCGCACAUCUUCCACCUCUUCCUGCGCGACGUCAAGCAGGCCGAGGCCUUCCUCAACAACCAGGAGUCCGCCCUGGCCCAUGUGGAGUUGCCCACUACCGUGGAAACAGUAGAGGGCGCCAUCAAGAAGCACAAGGACUUCACCACCACCAUGGAGAUCAACCUGCACCGCAUCAAGGCCGUGAUCGAGGCAGGGGAAAGCCUCAUCAGCCAGGCUAACAUCUACUCAGACCGCAUCCAGGAGCGAGUGGACACGCUCGUCAACAGGAGCGCCCAGAACAGAAGCCUGGCUCAGCAGUGGCUCGACAGACUGAAUGACCAGUGGGAGCUGCAGAGGUUCCUGCAGGACUGCCAUGAGCUGGGCGACUGGGUGGCGGAGAAGAUGCUCAUGGCUCAGGACAGCUCCCGGGACGAGGGGCAGAAGCUGCAUAAGAAGUGGCUGAAGCACCAGGCCUUCAUGGCCGAGCUGGCGCAGAACAAAGAGUGGCUGGACAAGAUCGAGAAGGAGGGCCAGCAGCUGAUCCAGGAGAAGCCGGAGCUGAGCUCCGUGGUGCGGCAGAAGCUGGGGGAGAUUCGGGAAUGCUGGAUGGACCUGGAGAGCACCACCCAGGCCAAGGCCCGACAGCUCUUCCAGGCCAACAGGGCGGACCUGCUGGUGCAGAGCUACACCAGCCUGGACCAGCAGCUGUCCCAGCUGGAGGACCAGCUCUCCACUGUGGACCAUGGCCAGGACCUGGCCAGCGUUAACAAGCAACUGAAGAAGCUCCAGACCAUGGAGUCCCAGAUGGAGGUGUGGUACAAGGAGGUGGGCGAGCUGCAGGCCCAGGCAGCCUCCAUCCCCCAGCAGGGCCUGGUGCGGGAGGCCGUGGGGGAGAGGCAGGCCGUGGUGGAGACGCGCAUCGUGCGCCUCAUCGAGCCGCUCAAGGAGAGGCGCCGCAUCCUGCUCGCCUCCAAGGAGGUGCACCAGGUCAGCCGCGACCUGGAGGACGAAAUCUUGUGGGUGCAGGAGCGCCUCCCCAUCGCCACCACCAGGGAGUACGGGAGCACCCUGCAGGAAGUACAGCAGCUGAUGAAGAAGAACCAGAGUUUGCAGCGUGAGCUGCAGGGCCACCGGGCGCGGGUGGAGGACGUGCUGGAGCGGGCGGGGCUGAUCGCGUCCAUCCGCAGCCCGGAGGCGGACUGCGUGCGGGGGGGCCUGGAGCAGCUGAGGCAUCUGUGGGAGGCGCUGCGGGCGGAGACGGAGCAGCGGCAGCUGGUGCUGGACGCCAUGUACCAGGCGCAGCAGUACUACUUCGACGUGGCCGAGGUGGAGGCCUGGCUCAGCGAGCAGGAGCUGCACAUGAUGAACGAGGAGAGAGGCAAGGAUGAGCCCAGCACCCUUCAGCUGCUGAAGAAGCACCUGGUGCUGGAGCAGACGAUUGAAGACUACGCAGAGACGAUAGGCCUCCUCUCCCAGCAGUGCAGGCAGCUGCUGGAGAUGGGCCACCCAGACAGCGAGCAGAUCAGUAAGAGGCAGUCGCAGAUAGACCGGCUCUACGUGUCGCUGAAGGACCUGGUGGAGGAGUGCAAGUCCAGGCUGGAGCAGCAGUACUGGCUCUACCAGCUCAACCGGGAGGUGGACGAGCUGGAGCAGUGGAUUGCCGAGCGCGAGGUGGUGGCCAGCUCCCCCGAGCUGGGGCAGGACUACGAGCACGUCACGAUUUUGCAGGAGAAGUUCACGGAGUUCGCCUCGGACACGGGGUCCGUGGGCCAGGAGCGGGUGACGGCAGUUAACCAGAUGGUGGACGAGCUCAUCGACUACGGGCACGCGGACGCGGCCACCAUCGCCGAGUGGAAGGACGGGGUGAACGAGGCCUGGGCGGACCUGAUGGAGCUCAUGGAGACGCGGGCGCAGAUGCUGGCCGCUUCGCACCAGCUCCACAAGUUCUUCUCCGACUGCCGGGAGGUCCUGGCGCAGAUCGACGACAAGCAGCGGAGGCUGCCGGAGGUGCAGGCACGCCAGGGAAGCAUGGCCAACACCAGCACCCUGCACAGGCUCAUGCACACCUUCGAGCAGGACAUCCAGCUGCUGGUCACACAGGUGAGGCAGCUGCAGGAGAGCGCCGCCCAGCUGCGGACGGUCUACGCCGGCGAGAAGGCCGAGGCCAUCGCCACCAAGGAGCAGGAAGUGAUGCAUAACUGGAAGGACCUGCUGAGUUCCUGCGAGGAGUGCCGGGUGCAGAUCACCACGGUAACAGACAAGCUGCGCUUCUUUGGCAUCGUGCGCGACCUGAUCAUGUGGAUGGAGAGCAUCAUCUGCCAGAUCGGGACCGGGGAGAAGCCCAGAGACGUGUCCUCCGUGGAGGUGCUGAUGAACUACCACCAGAGCCUGAAGAGCGAGAUCGAGGCGCGGAGCCGGAGCCUGUUCCAGUGUGUGGAGCUGGGCAAGACCCUGCUGGCCGCCCGCAACCCCGCGGCCGAGGAGAUCAAAGACAAGCUGGACAGGGUCAUAGCCAAGCAGAAGGAGCUUACCCAGAAAUGGGACCGGCACUGGGAGGAGCUACAGCACAUGCUGGAGGUGCACCAGUUUGCCCAGGAGGCUGUGGUGGCAGAAGCCUGGCUCACGGCCCAGGAGCCACUCAUCAGCAGCAAAGAGCUGGGCGCCAGCGUGGACGAGGUGGAGCAGCUGAUCCGCCGGCACGAGGCCUUCCGCAAGGCCGCCGCCACGUGGGAGGAGCGCUUCAGCUCCCUGCGCCGGCUCACUAGUGUGGAGAAGUUGAAGGCGGAGCAGAGCAAGCUCCCUCCGACGCCACUGUUGGGGCGGAAGGUGUUUUUGGACCCUCAGGAGACGUCCCCCGCCCGGAGCACCGCCUCCUCCCUGCUGCGGCAGACCAUCUACGAGCAGCCCGAGCCUGCUAUGGAGAAGCACCUCCUGGAGCCGCCCUCAUCGUCCGUGUCCAGGAGGCUGGGCUCCAUGGUCGCCAACUACACGCCCGUCAUGAACGGCUCCAGCUACCGCGGCCUGGAGGCGCGAGCGGGCGGGGCCGGGGUGGGGGUCGCGGUCAGGAGCGGGAUGGGGGCCGCGGUCGAGAGCGGGGUGGGGGCCACAGUGGGGGCCGUGGUGGGGAGCGGCGUGACAGCUUUGGAGGCGAAGGUGGCCUACGUGAGACAGGACCUGAAGCCUGAACGCCUGCAGCCCAAGAUUGACCACAUCCACGAGGCGGUGCGCCCCCUGCUGGAGAUGGAGAGGGAGCGGGACAGAGACAGAGAGAGGGACAGAGGGAGGGAGAGGGAGAGGGAGGGAGAGAGAGACAGAGGGAGGGAGAGGGAGGGAGAGAGAGACAGAGGGAGGGAGAGGGAGGGAGAGAGAGACAGAGGGAGGGAGAGGGAGAGGGAGGUGGUGGCCCCGCCGGCGGUGGUGGUAGCCGAGGUGGUGACCAGGGACCGGGAUCUGCUGAACGGCGAGCCGCCGCAGGGCCGCCGGGGCAGCCGCUCGGACCCGCGCGGGAGCCGCUCGGACCCGCAGAUGGACCACUACCGGCGGCUGGAGCGGGACGCGUCCAGCGAGCUGGAGAUCCAGGCCCGGCGGGACGAGCUGCCGCAGGAGGUGUGGCGGGAGCGGCGCGAGCGGCGGCUGGAGCGCCAGACCUCCAGCGAACAGGAGGGCCCCGCCCUCGAGAGCCGGCGGAGAGAGCGCCACCGGCUGGACCGGCAGGAGUCCAGCGAGCAGGAGACCGCCCGGGAGCAGUCCGACAAGCGGUCCGGCGGCGGGGAGAAGAGGUCCACCAUGGCGGAAAUCGUGGAGCAGCUGCAGGAGAGAGAGGCUGCGCAGGCGCGGGGGGAAGUGCCCCGCCUUCCCAACGGGCUGCCGGAGAAGGCUUCGCGUCCCGACCGGCCGCGGGCCCGGGACCGGCCCAAACCCCGGCGCCGGCCCCGGCCCAAGGAGCCCAGCGGGGGGGAGACGCGGCGGUCCCGCUCGGCACCGGCCCAGAGCAGCCCCGCCGUGCCCCAGCCCCCCUCCCACACGGCCCAGCACGAGGGCUUCCUGUUCCGCAAGCUGGACAUCGACGCCCAGAAGAAGAGCUCCAACAGCAGGUCUUGGGUCAACCUGUACUGCGUGCUUUCCAAGGGAGAGAUCGGCUUCUACAAGGACGCCAAAAACACCGCCACACCUUACAACAGCGAGCCCAUGCUCAACCUGAGCAGCUGCACCUGUGACGUCACCAACGGCUACAAGAAGAAGAAGAACGUCUUCACGCUCAAAACGAAAGAUGGGAGCGAGUUUCUGUUCCACGCGAAGGACGAGGACGACCUGAAGGGCUGGAUCGCGAACAUCACCGCCAGCAUCUCCGAGCACGAGGAGAUCGCGAAAUGGGGUCAGCCUCAGCCCACUACCUCUUCCACCGACGAGGGCACGCGGCGGGACGGCAGCAAGGCCGAAAAGUCGGAAAAGGGGGAGCGGUCCGACCGGGGGGACAAGGCGGAGAAGGGGGACAGGUCGGAAAGGUCGGAGAAGGGGGAGAGGCCGGAGAAGGGAGGGAGAACAGACAAGCGCUCCAGCACGUCGGGGAAGAAGAAAUGAGGGCGGAGUCACGUGUGGGGGGCGGGGUGGGGGUGUGGCUUACCGGAAGCCGGGAUUUGUCCUGUCCGUCCGGCCCCACCCCCCACCCUCCCUCGAUGUGGAUCAAUGCUGAAAAUAACGUCGAAAAGGAAGCAGGGCAAACGUGCGGGAUUACCGGGGAACACGUGCUCGCACGCCCGUCCCCUCCCUCUCUCUCUUUCUCUCUGUGGCUCCGAGGACUUGCUCCACACCAAGCACCAGCUCUCGUUGCGCCGCCACUCUCCGCUUCUGCCCCCGGGCAGUUAGAGCCCCCCCCUAGUGGUCGUGGCUGGACACUGCAUCACAGCCAGGGUGGUAGGCUAAGACAGAAAUACCCCGUACAAAAAGGUUGUUGUGACAGGAAUUAAGUUAAAGUAGCUCAUUAAGAAUGUUUCCUUUCAAAUGACCUGUAUCUAAAUGUACCUAUUUAGCUUCCUGUCUGUCUAUCUAUCUAUUUAUAUGUCUAGACAUCAUAUCUUAUAAUCCCAAGCAACAUUGAAUGAAAUGCCAAAAUGUUUUAAAAAGCUGGCUUUUUUUCUUUUGGAAAAUUCCUGUUUGUUGCCCCCUCUCUUCUUUUACCCUCUGCUCUAUCUCGUCGUCACCCCCCAUCCCCCCCUUGUAAUUCCCUUGUUGCUUAGUAACUCCAUAUGAGGGCUCAGGCACUUCUGCACCUAUUCCUCCGAGGUCCACAAGGCGCCAUUUUGACUAGAGAGGGAAUGGGACAGGAAGCUCGGGGCUUUCAAACAGGAAGGCCUGCAGUGUGAGCGAAGCAGCUGCGCGCGGUUCUCUCUGCCAGGUGUGGUGGGCUGGCACGAAGAAGGGUUUCAGUGCCACCUGGUCUUCCGGCAUCCCGAGCCAAACUUGGGUCUGUGGUUGAGAAGAGCAUUGUUAAUGAGCAGAAGACAACCUCAACCCCCAGUAUGGCUGCUGUCUCUUUGCUGGGGUACAGGAUGGAGAGGGGUAUCUCUGUCACCCCCUCAGAGGGGGUCCGCAGGUCAAGAGUGGUCCGUCUGUCCGUGUUACCCCAUUUGUGUCACGUCUGAUUUUCUCGAAGACCUCAUUCUCAGAAGGAUGAAAAGCAUGUCUGAGUAUCGCUGUUCACCUCGGCCAGGGUCUCAUAGCUCAGGUUCUGUUUGAUUAUUCGUGUUCUCAGUUACUCUUAGUCUUCCAAACAUGGCCGAAAUCUCUCUGUAGUAAGGCGUCGCCUCCACUGGGAGAACAAGCGAGGUUUUAGGUUUUUUGCGGGACGGGGCUGUUCAGAUGACCCCAGCAUCUCACAGGAAACGCAAAGCAUUGUGGGAGACCAGAUAGCGCCCCUGACAGGUGUGGGCACAGAUAUCUUCGGGAGAGGCACAUCCUGUUCCUCUGGGCUGGGUGGGGAAAUGUCCCUCUUGCUGGAUGGUUUUUACCGCAGUUUAUCUCUGUUGAUAUGCAGCCACAAUGAGGAUAAGUGUGAGAAAUGGUGCUUUAUUGUGGAUGUAGGUGAUUGUUUCAUAGCCAAUAGCUUCUGUGUAUUAUGACUUGCGGUUGUUAGGUUGGCGCGUAUGGCUUCUCACAAAUAGCACAGCAGCACCGUGUGCGGCAGGCUUUUCACGGCCUGAAACUGUGUGCGACUAGUUUGCCUCUCUUUUACGACCGUUAUUAAGGAACAAACCCUUUCAGCUUUCCCUUUAUUGCCCUUUACCUCAUUAUGUCAGCUGGUGAACUGCUGGCAGAACAUUCAGAGCUCACAGUGAGAACUACAGCAAAAUAGGGGGAGGUUAACACCAAGGGUUAGCUCCAUGGGUUAGCACCAAGGGUUAGCUCCAUGGGUUAGCACCAAGGGUUAGCACCAUGGGUUAGCGCCAUGGGUUAGCAUCGAGGCUUAGAACCAUGGGUUAGCACCAAGGGUUAGCAUCAAGGGUUAGCACCAUGGGUUAGCACCAAGGGUUAGCAUCAAGGCUUAGAAUCAUGGGUUAGCACCAAGGGUUAGCAUCAAGGGUUAGCACCAUGGGUUAGCACCAAGGGUUAGCAUCAAGGCUUAGCACCAUGGAUUAGCACCAAGGGUUAGCGCCAUGGGUUAGCAUCAAUGGUUGGCACCAUGGGUUAGCACCAUGGGUUAGCGCCAGGGGUUAGCACCAAGAUUGGCGUCGUUCUAGAAUGCAAUGCAACUGUAUGACUGCAAAGAUGUACAAGAAUAAAGAUUUGGUUUUGACAAGGGGUGUGGAAUAUCUGGAAUAAUAUCAAAGGGAUUUGUGACAUUUUACAUACAUAAUAGAUUUCUCAAGUGGAUUGUAACUUUAGAUUCUCUUAGUUCGGUCAUGGAGUAUGCAUUCAUAGACAUAAUUAUGCGCAAAAGCUAAACUAAUGCAAACUAACGCAUGCAGGAUAUAAGGCUGUGGUCCUCACUGGCUUUUUUUGUACAAAUUGUCAUGUGAACAUGUUGACAUAUAUGGCACAAUAAUCCACCUGCACACAAGCUACAUAUGCGCUAUAUGCUGAGGGGAGGGUGAGACCACUUAAAUGAGCUAGAUUCACUGAGCUUAAACUGAAGGGCAUGUAACAUUGAAUGGUUGGACUAUACUGUAGUUUAGGCAGAAAUUAGGUAGAACUUAGGCAGCAACGUGUUGCCCAGUGCUGGCUUUCUGUGUGAUGUUCACUCUUUUUUUACCUUCCAUGUGUUGGAUGUUGAUGUCUCUGUACAGCCUGUUAGGUUUUGAAAGGCAGAAAUGUUUUAUUCUGUUAAAUGCAGUUUGGAUUCUUACAUGCCUAGGAUUUUGCAGUAGCUAAAGGUCAAAGUUCAAAAAAAAGUAUGCAACCGAUGCUGAGGUUAAACAUACUGGGAGGCGCUUUCUGUCUGCUGUGGAUGCGACCUGUUUCUGCGAGUCACACAAAAAGGUUUUCACCGUUCAGGAGUUACAUAGUGUAAGAUCGUUGGCCCUGAAAUUGCAGGACCAUGGUAACGUUACUGGGCUGGCCUGAGAAGCGGUGCUCUCUCUUGCAUCGUGCUUACGCACUGUGCUGCAAAGCGUGACCUCUCGCUGCCCAUCCCGGGCCUGUGUGUGUCCAACCCCCACCCCAGUAUGGAAUGCCCAUCUGUCUGCAUCCGCAGCAGCAUUCCAUGUGCAAACCACCCGCCCCAGCAUUCCGUGUGCAAACCACCCGCCCCAGCAUUCCGUGUGCAAACCACCCGCCCCAGCAUUCCGUGUGCAAACCACCCGCCAAUUCAGGAGCGCUGAGGCACCCGCAGUUCUGCCCUGAAACACGUGGGGUCGCCAGCUACUUCUUUUCGCAUCUCAGACCUCAGCUGAGCUCUCACAGGGCGGAGUCAUAGGAAGACCUUUCGCAUGCCACUUUUUAUGCAGUCUUACUGGCGCCCUUUUGGCCAGCGGGAGUUGCUUAAGAGCGAUGAAACGCGGAUCCCUUCCCGUAACCUGGGUGACAAAGGCGGCAGUCACAUCUCGCCCUUAUGGAGGUACUGACCGCAGUCGCCGCUGGCAUGGUCCGGGAUUGAUCCGCGCCCGUGAGGCUCACCCAUGCACCGCAGCAUGGUGCCUUAACCGAAUGAGCCGUCCGACAGACUAACUCUUGGAACUUUCGAUUUCAUUCUUUUCUUUUCUCGAAAAAAGCUGCCUGACCAUAAAUAAGACAUCACUUUUGGGUUUCGAACGGGAUACCAUUGUUUCCCACCAUUCUUUACGAAAAACAGGGAAGAAAACACAUGUCCAUGUGGUUGGGCUUUUUAAACUGUUUUUUUUUUUUUUGUUUGUUUGGAAAUAAUGCUACCUUUUGCUUUUCUGAUUUAUAUUGUCACUGGUACGAAUUCUGAUUUGUAAAUGCAGUAUUCUUUCGUAUAGCUGAUGUUAUUCAUUAGAACUACUUUGCUACGAUUGCUGAAGAAGAAGAAGAAGCUAAAGGAAAACAAUAAUAGUUGGCAAAAGAAUAGAGAAUUUAUGCAACUUUUCCUUUGCACUAAAAUGCUACCCCAUUGCACAGCACUAAUUCCCUGGGAGCGGUGGUGCGGCAGGGUCUGUGUGAGGUGAAGGUUAGCUGUGAAGGUGUGGUCACCUGGGGCAGAAGCUCCAUGUCCUCUCUGUGUCUCGGACCCCGUUGCGUACAUUGUGCUUAGCGGCGCACGGUUAAGUCACUGAACUAUCUCUUAGCCUCGUGCGCUUGGCUGGAACUGGAGUGAAUCUAGCCGUUCCCUCUGUGGAAAAUGUCGUUAUCUGAAAACGUCUGUCUGUUGCAGUAUUGUAUUUAUUGUUCCUUUUUUGUAACUAAGAUUCACGUGUUAAACGCAUUGCUUUCUCCAGCUGCUAUGCCGGAGGAGAUUGUUCUAAGCAGCACUUAAUGACUUUAAGUGAGCGACACCCGGACCGCAUGUGGGGAUGUGUGGGGGUUAGUCCCUAGCAGCCUGUUGAGAGUGAAGCAGGUCUCUGGACCUCUUCCACUGCAUCAUCUUCCUCUCUGUCUUCCUCAGCAUAAACUCAGCCUGUGAUCUUCUCUCCGAAACACAUACCAGUCAGAGGUUAUGGCCGAUCAAGAGAAAGCACAAUUUUUAUAAAUACGUGACAGACACACGGGGAGCGUUUUUUACUUUUAAAACCAUAUACUCUCCAAGCAAAAUCAACACGCAGAAGAGGCUGUACAUGUGCAGUGUUGUUUGCACUGCGUCAUUGUUUAUUUUAUUUAAUUUUUGUAUUUUUUAUUUUUGUUAGGGGUAAGGUGAAAGUCCUCCACUGGCAGAGUGAAGGGUUGUAGAACAUGCUCAGAGGGGCUGUGGACUUCAUUUCCCAUCAGCACCUCUGAACCGUUAUGGCAGGCUGACCUCUCCACAGAACCCUAUCCUACAGGAAUAAGCCACACUUGUGUAGAUAAUCACCAAGUGCAGCCUGGGAUGCACUUCCUUCCUUUUCCUGGAAAAGCCACUGUGCUCUGUCCUGAAACCGAUAUCAGCCUAGGUGUGUGGGAGUGUAGUUUCUUUCCUUUUGCCUUUUAAUUUGUUCUAAUAUUAUCCUGCGUUUAUUCUGUGAUGGGAGGUGUUCGCUGCGGUCGGCCGGCUAAAUGAAGCCUCCAGCCUACAGCAGCUGUGUUCUUCUGGUGUUUCCUCUGAACUGGACCGGCCUUCGAUAUCCGUUCCUCUCCCCGGAUAGACCCUACAGCACCACUGAUCUUCAGUGAACUACUGAUAUUUUGCAAAGCUCAACAGCUUGCCAGUCUGUAUAAAAUGUAAUUGCUUAAGAUAUUUUCUGUAAAGAAGAAAAAAUAACUUUUUCAUUUGUUUUCAUUUUUCAGCUGUGAUACCGAAGGGGAAGUUUGUGACUUUUAACAAAUUUAAUGAUCGGAUUACAUAAAGGGGGGUGGGGGGGGGGGGAUUUGUAAAAAAUAUAUAUAUAAAGAGGACAAAAUUCAGGACAAAAGGUUGCAUGAAUUAUUAGGGAGACCCUACUAUGAAACUGCUGUGCAUGUUUUUAACAGUCCAACCCCUCGCUAUACAAUCACUGUACAAUACUGGGGUGACACCUGUAAGUACAUGGAAAUAAUGAAUGAAUGAAUAAUUAUGUAAAAAUAGAUCAAACUUAAGAUCAUUGCCUCUGUACAGUUAUCUCUGUGAAUUGACAAAUACAAGUUGUGAUAUGUCAGAA